AUGACCAUGGUGUUACCUCGUCAGUCUGCCAUUGGCACAAGACCUGCAUACCUAGACGGCAUCUUCAGAGACUACAGAGAGCAGCAAAGUACACCUAGCGCGCAUUCCUCGGCCAGCAGCAUAUCGACCAACAGCACAGCAUCGAGUUACGACUUGCGAUCGGCCUACAAUGCAAGGUCACUCUCACCACGUAUUGAGGAGGAAGAUGGGGAUAACUUCAGCGUCCGGAGUAAGAAGUCAUUCAUGACAAGACGGCGCUUUGGUCUGGGAUCUAUCCUCAACAGACGAACAUAUCCACAAGCGGAGGAAACCAUCCUGGAGCGACGGCCAUCGACGAGUGCCGGCCGGUCUCCAACUCCGCUUCAACUUGAGCCCCAACGAUCGCCACCUUUACCUCCAGUCAGCAGUCCACUGGCAAACGAUGCGCGCCUAAACACUCGAAUGUCAUCGCUUCCCAAACUGCAGACGAACUUUCCACCACCACAAGCGGUAGCGACAUAUGCGAAUAGGCCAUUGCCAGCUGUGCCCGGACAAAAGAAGCCGUCGCAACGACCACAGCUUGAACGCCAACAAUCGAGCACGGCGACGAGUCCGAGGGACAUCAAAUGUCAACCCUGCUAUUACUUUACUGCGCGGAGCUGUAACGGAUAUGUCAUUGGCGGUGGGAGUGGCGAUGCAUGCGAGACUUGCUUGAAUGCGGGUUUCUUCGGCGCACUAUAG